AUUGAGGUUAGAUCUGUAUAUUAUUUCAAAAUUUUGUGAUUAUUUCAAGGAUUGUUAGGAAAGUAAACAUGACUGAUUACGAUAAAAAGUUUAAAGAAGAUCUUGAAAGGGCCCAGGCUCUUAGUUUGGAAUCUCUUGCUUUAGAGCAAUUUAGGAAUAAAAGAUUACAGGAACUAGGUAAAAUUCAUUGUAAUGAACAAAAUAUAAAGAAGACACCAUUAGUGUCUCGAACUUCAUCUAUGAGUGAAACAGAUUCUAAAUCAAAAUAUGAAAGACAGUCAAGUAAAUCAAGGCCAAGACCUGGAACAUCACUCAGUACAACAUCUAGUUCACUUAUAGCACCACCACCAGUAUCUCAAAGAAAAAAUAGUAGUGCCAAUGAUACUGAGGACUUAAUAUCAUUUUCUAGUCCUCCUGCAAGUACCACUAAUAUUAUCGAUAUUUAUAACAGUCAAAGUUCCAACACAAACAACCAAGUUGCAUUAGUUUCCACGUCUUCCAUAGUACCGCCUCAGCAACAGGGUCAGAUGAAUCCGUAUUGGCCCGGUAAUCCGUAUUACGGUCAGCAUGGACCGCCGCGGUAUCCUCCGGGAUAUCCGCAACAGCCUUAUAGUUAUUAUGGUUCAGGUAGUAUGUACUAUCCUCCGCCGGGAAAUAUGGGGUAUUAUCCCCCGCCGCCUCCGUCUCUGCCUAGCCGCCCCUAUACGGGGGUGCCGGGUCCGCCCCCAGUUAACGUGUCGCAUAUCGGGUUUAACGUGAAUGUAAUCGAAGCCCCAAAUUUAUUAGCUUCGCCGUCGCAACCGCCACCACCCCCACCCUCAAUGGGGCCGCCACAACCCCCGCCCCCAAUGGGGAUGCACACCACUGAGCCGCCUCCACCUGCUUUACCACCUAAAAAUCAGCACAGACAACCGCCCAUCUUACUACCUCCCAAAUCAUCCAGUAAACAUUCCAAAUUAUCGACUGCUCCGAAAGCGCCGACGAACACGUCGGAAGUCGAUUCUAAAGAUGAGGCGGUAGAGAAACGCGAACUAAACAAAACUAAUUUAAUUGAUCUCGCCGCCGUAGACGAUAAGAAUAGCGUUAGAGUUAGUAUUUUACAAGAAUUUGAUCCUAUUUUAUCUGAUUCGCAGAGCCUCUAUCCCAGUUUGUAUGGCGCAUCCAUGAGCCCCGACUAUUAUCGGGAUGACGCUUACUCGGUUUGUGGUAGUGUGUACAAUGAGUACUACAACGACUACGACUACAUAUAUACAGGUUCUGGAAAUAACAGUAUUUGUGGCACAAGCAUAUCAGAUCAUAUUUAUGCUACUAUAAACAGGCCUGUGAUAGAAACUUCUCCACAUUCUCCUAGUCCUGCAAUUCCACCGAGGGCUCUCAUGUCCAUUGACAAAGUUUCAAAAGACACUAAGAAAAAUCUUCUAGAUGAAAUAGUUCAGAAUGACAGCAAAUCAUUAACUACUGAUCCUGAUUUGAAAGCUUUUUACAAUAUGGUUUACAGGGUCCGAAAUUCUUACAAAUAUAAUGACCCAGAUUCGAAUAUGGGUUUGGUCAUAAGCCCAAUGGUUAAUUAUAAAUACAAUGAUGGUCUUAGUAUAAAACUUAAAGUCCAUCCAGAUUUUGAGGGUGCUGAUUUUAAUAAGCCAGUUACUUUUACAUGUGACGUAACAUCUAGUGUUGAUCACGUUACACUACAAUUAGUCUGCGAUCUCGAAGCGCCAACACAUCAAAAUUAUACUCUUAAGGUUUGUGGUUUUAACGAGUAUUUGGUACCUACGACGUUGUUAUCCGAUUACGAAUACGUUCAUAACUGUAUCAAGUUAGACGAAGAUGUAGUUCUAAUUCUUAUUCCUGAUGUCAUGAAAGAUAAAUCUUUUGCACGUACGCUUCAGGAUGAUUAUAGAGAUAAAGACUUAACCUUUGAAAAAGUUGUACCAAGUGAAUUAGUAUCUAAUAUAACUUAUGACAGUUUAAAAAUUUUACUAGAAACUCUCGAGAGUGAAAUGAACAAAAUAGAAGAACAAGCAGAACAAACUGAAAGAAGUAUUAAUCCAACGUUUCUACCUCAAUUGCAACCGCUCAAAGUGAGACAAUCCGUCAAAUGUAUCAUAAACUUAAUGGGCGAUUUAAGUACGAUUGAUAUCAUGCAGUCAGUGGAUGAAUUAGUCAAUUUGUGCCAGGGUCCACAUAAUCCACAUAAUAUUCGUGAAAGCUUUUCUGAUGCAGUUAGGACGGGCUGCAAUAAAGUUCGGUUUGCUAUUCAGAGUCUGAUUGAAAUGUAUUGUAGAACAUUCGCAGUUAAUUUUGAGGUUAAGUCAUCUAUAGCUUCAGAACCAGCAAGGAUGGUAGGUGAUAUCGCAGACUCUUUAAUAGUAAGAAUAUGCGCAAUAUACAGGCCAAGUGCAAAAUGGGAACAUGAAACUUAUUUCAUAUCAGGUCAAAUAUAUCAUGGAACAAGAAAAAUAGGCAGACCUAUGUUUACACAAGCGUAUUAUAAGCAAGAUCGGGAUCAGUUAUGGCCCGCAAGAAUAGUAUUUGAAAAUUGGUUAGAUUUUGAAGACAUACCAAUAAACACUUUAGCGAGGGAGUCCAGAUUAGUAUUACAGAUUUUUGGAAGAACUCAAGAGAACCCAGAAAAUGACGAUUCUAAAAACUCAAACGGGCCAAUUUUCAAAGAAGAGGAAAUCGGUUGGGCUGCCGUUCAGUUCUUUGAUUAUGAAGGGGUGAUGAUUCAUGGAGGUGCACUUUUAUCUGUUUGGCCUAGAGAGGCAAACCAUAUUAAUGAGCAUAUGUAUGGUCCUGCACCAGCAAUGGGCUCUCAUCCACAAAUAGAUCACCCAAUGAUCGGUAUUGAAAUAGUGAGCCCCUCAAAAAUAGAGUUUCCUAAAAUAGAGUCGAAUUCAUCUAGAGCAGCAAAUGAAUUUGACUUUAACAGUCUAGAUAAUGAAACUCAAGAACUUUUAAGUGAUUCUUGUGAGCAAGAUAUGUUUUAUAAAUUGCCAUGUGAAGUAAGGGAAAUUUUAUGGGAAAAAAGACAUUACUUACACGAUAUGCCUAAAGCUUUACCAAAAGUAUUAUUAGCAGCAAAUAGUUGGGCGUAUAUGUAUCUUUCUGAUUUACAUGGUCUACUGCAUCUGUGGAAGAAAUUAGAACCAAGACAAGCUUUGGAGUUACUGUUGCCAGUAUAUCCAGAUAUGUUUGUAAGAAAAAUGGCUGUAAAAUGGAUGGUGGCAUUGUCAAACGACGAACUGGUUGAUUAUCUUCCGCAACUUAUUGUGGCAUUAAGAUAUGAAACUUACGAAAGUUCUUCUUUGGCUGAAUUUAUAUUACACCGGGCUUUGAGAUCACCGAGAUUUGCUCAUUACUUGUUUUGGUUGCUUAGCCAUAAUUUACCUGGAUCAAUUCCUCAGAAUGGAAGUCUCGAUAUUAAGGAAAACAAAAAUGAUUUAAACGAUAUCAGUAUUAGCGAAGUAAGGUACCACAGGAGAAUGAAAUUACUUUUAAGAGCAUUACUCGCCGUGUGCGGAGAAUCAUUAAGGAAAUGCUUUAUGUCCCAACAGUUGCUGGUGAAACAACUUAGCGAUACUGCCGAAGUCGUGCAAAAAUCCAAAGAUUCACAAAAAAUAGUACAUAUGCAUCGAGAUCUUGAAAUGAUUAAUGGUUCUUUGAAUGACAAUCCGACAAGCUUACCUCUGUCACCUACACUCAGAGUUAAUGGUAUAGAUGUUAAAGGUUCCUUUUAUUUUGCCUCAAAUACAUUACCUUUAAAAAUUAACUUUAUAAUGGAGGAUAGCUCCAUCUACUCGGCUAUAUUUAAAGUAGGCGACGAUUUGCAACAAGAUAUGUUAACUUUACAAAUGAUUAGACUUAUGGAUAAGUUAUGGCUUCAACAUGGAAUAGAUUUAAAAAUGGUAGCUUUUAUGUGCAUUCCAACGUCUAAAAAGAAAGGAAUGAUCGAAAUGGUAACGAAAGCGGAAACUUUAAGAAAGAUUCAAACAGAACAUGGACUAACUGGUUCCUUUAAAGACAAGCCAAUAGCUGAAUGGUUAGCUAAACAUAAUCCGUCAGAACUUGAAUAUGGCAGAGCCGUCCAAAACUUUACUGCUUCCUGUGCUGGUUACUGCGUCGUUACAUAUAUAAUGGGUAUUUGUGAUAGGCACAAUGACAAUAUUAUGCUAAAAACAUCUGGACAUUUAUUCCACAUCGAUUUUGGGAAGUUUCUUGGCGAUGCUCAAAUGUUUGGUAACUUUAAAAGGGAUCGCGCUCCUUUUGUUCUCACAUCUGAUAUGGCAUAUGUAAUCAACGGUGGUGACAGACCAACAGAAAAAUUCCAUCAGUUUGUAGAUCUGUGCUGUCAAGCAUUUAAUAUUAUUAGAAAUAACAGAAAUCUGUUUCUUUUUCUGAUGACUUCGUCAGGAAUUUGUAGCAUUACACCUGAAUCAAUCGGUUAUAUGCACAGGGCUUUGCUGCCAGAAAUGUCGAAUCCCGAAGCCGCUGCUCACUUUACAAGACUUAUAGAAGAAUCUCUAAAAACUAAGUUUACACAAUUCAAUUUCUUCUUGCACAAUCUAGCCCAAAAUUUGGCUCAGUUGAAAUUCACGUCGGACAAUCAGUCGGGAAAUUUGUUGUCAUUUGUACCAAAGACAUACAGUAUUGCUACUGAUGGACGUUUAACCGAAGUAGAAGUAGUGGGUUUUAAAAAACGCUACGAUCCUGAUAAAUAUUACGUAUAUAUUUUAAGAAUACAUCGAGAGGAUCAAACUGAACCUAUGGAAAUCCAGCGUACAUAUAAAGAAUUCUGCGAGUUACAUCAGAAGCUUUGUUUAAAUUUUCCCUUGGCGAAAUUACACAGUUUAUCAAUUGGAUUGCAUAUGGGUAGACAAAAUAUCAAACAAGUAGCUCAAAGAAGAUUAACUGAAAUUUCGUUAUUUAUACAAUCGUUAUUUAAAUGCGCUCAAGAAAUAACGCAUUCGGAUUUAGUUUACACCUUUUUCCAUCCGCUUUUAAGAGACCAACAAGAAGAUGAUCCCCAACACACUGCAGAAAAAAGAAAUCCAUCAGAAGAAAGUGGCAAAUUAAAAGGACAACUGAAAUUGUCUCUUCAUUACACCAAAGGAGUUUUUACAAUAAUGGUGCAUCACGCUAGAGGUUUACCCAGGUUGCCUAACGGACAGGAGCCUUCAACGUAUGUGAAAGUAUAUCUACAACCGGACAAUCAAAAGAGCACAAAAAGAAAAACUAAGGUAGUGAAAAAGAACUGCCAUCCUAGUUUUAUGGAAAUGCUGGAGUAUCGUAUGGGUUUGGAUAUGGUAGAACGAAAAAUAUUAAAAGCGACAUUAUGGAGCUAUGAUGCAUUGCAGGAGAAUGAGUUUAUGGGUGGCGUAGAAUUAGACUUAAGUGAAUUAGAUUUAAAAACAGAAACAUCAGAGUGGUAUCCCUUAGUCAAUUUAUCAAGCAGAUAGUUUUUUUAUUUAAUUAUUUAUCAAGUAGAUAGAUACUUACAUGUUCUAUUAAUUUGAUUACAUCAUCAACUGGAACAAAGAUAUUCUUUAAAUUUAUUAAUUAAAAUAGCAGCACAACACAAAAUGCGAAAACAGAAAACAAACAGGUAGAUGGUUGUUGAAUUUUAAUAUACUUUUUAAUAAUUUUUAAUAAUACAAUACAAAAAUGUCAAGAAAAAAUAUUUUACAUAAAUAUUUAUAGUAUUUUUUAUCAAUUUAUUAAAGCCAUCAGGUAUGGUUUAUUAUACCAUUUUUAUUGUGAUAGUUAAUUUAAUUGCUUAAAAUUUCUUUUUAUCGCUUUAUUCUGCUUAAUAUCUAAAUCUUACAUUGGCCAGUUUUAAAGAGAGAUUAAAUAAUUGUGGAGUGGAUUUGUUUACUUACUUUUUUUUAUUUUUCAAUAUUAUAUUGUUUAUAUUAAUAAAAUCUGUGAUUGAUUGGUAAUCUGAAGUCUGAAUGAAUUGAAAAAUGUACGGUGCUUUUAUAAACUAUGAAAAUUUUUACCGAGAAUCUACAAAAAAAAUUGUCAAACGUUUUAACUGUUUAAGUGGAAUGAACUGUAUUUUAUUUUAUAUUAUGGUAGUUUUUUAAUUAUACGCCUAGAAUUUAAAUUUUAAUUAUAGUCGAUAAUGUGUAUUUGUCGCUAUAGUUAAAUUUUAUUCUUUUGUUGUGGAUUUGAUCUGAUUUUACAAUAAAAAAAGUUAGUUUUAAAUUUCAUAUUAGUUAAUUCUGCUGUAUAAAUAUUAUUUUUCAAAAGAUUUUAUUUAUUUUUACACUUUCAUAUCUUUCAUCCUAAUCCAUACUUUUACAAGGGUAUUACCAUAUUAGUUACAUUUGUAUGUAUCAUUUUAUAUAGUAUUAAUAAAAUAAUAGCAACAAUGUUUUUGGACUUGUUAAUUUCUCGCUUGUAGUAUAUACAAGAUCUCCUAGAAAAUCAGUAUCAGCCUGAUUAUAAACCUCUUUAACUGUUGUUUUUUCUUCUGUUCCUUUUGACUGUUGACU